CUCGGGGAGUCUGCAGGGAGAGCUGGGCGGGCGCCUCGGGGAGGGGGCGGGGAGUGGCUCCGGCUUAACCCGGUGCCGCCCCAGAGUUUAGCCCGGAGGAGGAGGACGACGAGCCGCUCGAUUUAGCUAGCCUUCCGGGGAGGAUGUCUGGAGUCCCGGAGGCCGCAGCCGGGGACCCGGACGCCGCCGCGGACGCCGAGGCCCGCCAGAGGAAGCUGGAGUCCAUGAGCCGAAUGCCCCGGCUGCCGGUCCACAUGGAGAACCUGCUGCCAUCAAAAAUAAAGAUUAAUUUAGAAGAGAAUGUACAAUACAUGGCCAUGAGAAAAGCACUAAGAGUGGCAAAACCUCGUUAUGAUGUGUCUUUGGUUUAUUUAACUCGUAAGUUUAUGGAGCUCAUCAAAUCUGCUCCUGGUGGAGUUCUUGAUUUAAAUGAAGUUGCAACAACAUUGGGAGUACGGAAACGAAGAGUAUAUGACAUCACCAAUGUAUUAGAUGGAAUUGACCUCAUUCAGAAAAGAUCUAAGAACCAUAUUCAGUGGAUUGGAUCUGAUCUUGGUGGUAUUGGAACAAAAGUACCUCAGCAAAAGAAGAUAAGGGAUGAACUUACUGAUUUAACAGCAAUGGAAAAAGCUUUGGAUGAGUUAAUUAAGGAUUGUGCUCAGCAGCUGUUUGAACUAACAGAUGACAAAGAAAAUGAAAGAUUAGCAUAUGUGACCUAUCAAGAUAUCCAUAGCAUUCAAGCUUUCCAUGAACAGAUUGUUAUUGCAGUCAAGGCUCCAGAAGAAACCAAAUUGGAAGUGCCAACUCCUAAAGAAGACUGUAUAACAGUACAUAUAAAGAGCACAAAGGGACCUAUUGAUGUUUAUUUGUGUGAAGUGGAACAAGAUAACAUAAGUAACAAAAUGUUUGAAGAAAUGAGCACUACUUUAUCUGAAAGUAAGUCUACAGUUCAUCCUGAUCAAGAAGGAAAUCUACAGCAGAGUGAAUCAGAUGAAAAAAUUCACCUGAAUUGUCUUGAACAUUAAAACUCAGCGCUUUUUGUCAAGUUGGCUUAAUUUCCUCUGUGGUGAGACUUGCCUUUUUCAGUUUGGACUUGAAAAAAAAAAAUCAGCCGUUAAGGACUUCUGUGCCCAGUUUGAUAUUAACAUUAAGUCCAGUAGUUUUAGUACUUCUCUUGUAGUACAUUUAUGUCAACUUACUGUGAAAAAAUGACUCAUUUUUUAAACAAUUAUGAAAAUGUAAUUUGGCAUUUACUUAAGUGACACAAGGACUUUCUGUAGAAAAAAUUUCAUGAAAACAAUCUUUUAGAGCACAAGUUUGUUACUACUAAAACAUUUGGACUAAUCUGAAAUUGAAGAACACAGUAAAUCAUUAACUUCUUUCUUUACAAUGCAGAAUAUGUACCAAAUGAAAUUAUGCUUUACAUCAUGUGAGUACUGUUUGCAUUGUGUGCAGUCAGCUGUUUAAAUAAUAAGGAUGUACACAAUAAAAUUAAAUGUGAAUACUCCUG